CAACACUCUAUAAAUAAUCAAUCACACCUUCCCUCACAUCCCUCUCUCAAGAAACACAAAACCCACUUCAAUUCGCUUUCAAUUUCAGAUUUUUCCCGCACCCCUUCUCCGUUUUCUGGAAAAUAUCGACGAAUUUAUUGCGGAUCGGCGCAGUGAUUGUGGAAGUGGGAUUGGCACUCUCAUAGUUGCAGAAUUCAAAUCUCGAUUGAGUUUGUUUUCGAUUUUGUCUCCGAUUUUUGGGGGUUUUGAUCGUUCGCUAGAUUUGGGAAGACGCAUGAGCGGGUUGGUCAAGCUGGGUAUUUCGUCGAAUUCCAACCAUUUUAUCACUGCAAUUCUCCUUUUCUCCAAAACCAUUUUCUUACUGUUUUUAUUGCUAUUAAGAUUAUCCAAGCUAUUAUUGAGCUUAAGGUCGAUCGAUUUUUCGAAUAAUUUUAGUAGCAAUAGUAAAUUUUGUUCCCGCUGUACCGAUCGCGACCUCCAUUCUUUGCUGAAUUAUGGAUUCGAGCGACAGCAAGUGUAAUCGCCAAUUGCGACCCAAUCUUUGUGAUUCAAGUUUGGGGAGGAAAUCGACUUCCACUCCAUCAGUUAUCGUCAUAGGUGCUGGUUUUGCCGGCAUUACAGCUGCUCGGACUCUUCAUGAUGCCUCGUUUCAGGUUACCUUAUUGGAGUCACGGAAUAGAAUUGGUGGCCGUGUUCAUACUAAUUAUUCAUUUGGUUUCCCUAUUGACUUGGGUGCAUCAUGGUUACAUGGUGUUGGCAAUGAGAACCCACUAGCUUCGCUCAUUGGAAGAUUGGGGUUGCCACUUUAUCGGACAAGUGGGGACAACUCAGUUUUAUACGACCAUGAUUUAGAAAGUUAUGCCCUUUAUGACAUGGAUGGCAAUCAAGUUCCUCAAGAUUUAGUCUCAAAGGUUGGCGAAACAUUCGAGGCCAUCUUGAAAGAGACUGAUAUUGUUAGACAGGAAUUCAGAGAGGACAUGUCUAUUCAACGUGCUAUCUCAAUUGUUUUUGAGAGGAGGCCGGAUUUGAGGUUGGAAGGACUCGAUCAUAAGGUGUUACAGUGGUACCUCUGCAGAAUGGAAGGCUGGUUUGCUGCAGAUGCUGAUACUAUUUCACUUAGAGGCUGGGAUCAGGAAGAGUUGCUCCCUGGUGGGCAUGGGCUCAUGGUCCGGGGUUAUCUUCCUGUUUUAAACACUCUUGCAAAAGGUCUUGACAUCCGCUUGGGCCACAGAGUGACAAAAGUAGUCAGAGGUCACACCGGAGUAAAAGUCACAGUAGAAGACGGAAGAGUGCUUCUCGCAGAUGCUGCUAUUAUUUCCGUUCCUCUUGGUGUUCUGAAAUCUAACAGCAUCCAGUUUGAGCCGAGAUUACCUGACUGGAAGGAAGAAGCGAUUAAGGACAUUGGAGUCGGGGUCGAGAACAAGAUAGUUUUGCACUUUGACAAGGUAUUUUGGCCCAACGUAGAGUUCUUGGGGAUUGUUGCUGAAACUUCUUACGUCUGCAGUUACUUUCUCAAUCUGCACAAGGCCACAGGCCACCGGGUCCUGGUCUACAUGCCUUCUGGGCAACUGGCCCGUGACAUUGAGAAAAUGCCCGACGAGGCUGCUGCUAAGUUUGCUUUCACACAACUUCAACGGAUGCUUCCAAAUGCUUCUGAACCGAUCCAGUACCUCGUUUCCCAUUGGGGCACGGACGCGAACUCAUUGGGUUCCUACAGCUACGAUACAGUAGGCAAAUCCCAUGAUCUGUACGAGAGGCUGAGGGUCCCCGUCGACAACCUGUUCUUUGCUGGUGAAGCGACCAGCAUAGAUUAUCCAGGAUCCGUCCACGGUGCAUACUCGACUGGAUUAAUGGCUGCUGAGGACUGCAGGAUGCGCGUCUUGGAGCGCCAUGGAGAGUUGGAUCUCUUCCAGUCUGUGAUGGGCGAGGACGUUCCGGUUUCAGUGCCCCUGCUGAUCUCGCGCCUUUGAUCUCUACGCGUCUGCUUCUGCGAAACGCCCGACGUUUGGCUGGCAUGAGGUACUGAUUGCUCUGUGAGAAACUGAGGUCGCCUCGUUCGAAUGAUCAGAGUAUCAGUUGAUGAACUCUUCAGCCAGUAGAAAUCAAUCUAGAAAUAUGGAUAAAUAUGAAUUCUUGAUUAAGACUUUGAGUUCCUAUAUAUAGGAAUGAUUAAUUAUGUAGCAAACUUGAUAUAGUAUGAUAGUGUGGAACACUCAUGGUUGUGCUAGUAUUUGCUAAUUGAUAGGUUGUGGACUCUUUGCAUCUUUAAAUAUAUUGAAUUUUAAAUAAUAAA